GGGCCACCGAACGCCGGAUUGACUUGCCACCCGCGGCGAACCGAAGUUUUUUUUUGCGGUGAAAAGUUUUGAGUCUCGGCGCCUCCGCGCAAGAGGCUCCUGCCGGGAGCGGCGGGCAGGUGACUUCCAUGGGACUGCUCGCUGACUUCCAGCAGUGCUACAGGCAGCGAGCUGUCCUGCAGCUGUAGAAUGAAACCCUUGGUAUUGGACAUUCUGGCAAACCGGUGAAGUUCCAACCCCGUCACAUUCAGUACUGGAGUGUCUUCUUGGUUCUCUUUAAGUUGGUGUCUCAGGGGAAGGUACUGAAGAAGAUGCAGGCACACUGAAAACUUCAGAGAAGUGAGCCAUGCGUCCUUCUGAAAGCUGAAAAGUAGCCCUCUGAUAGGGUCAUGAACCUAAGACAAGUCUUUGUGUCUGUACUGAUGUUUGGAGUAGCUGGUCUACUCCUCUUCAUGUAUCUGCAAGCUUGGAUUGAAGAACAACAUACAGAGUCUGGAGAAAGAUUGCAACAACAGAUAAUUAAUCAGGAUUUCACGCUCCCACCUCCAGGAACACCAAGAAGAGCUGCGUUGAGCAGGAGUGCUCCUCCUGGCCUCAGUAAGCACGAGAUGGCUAUCUCGGGCAGCAGGAACUGGAAGGACAAGGCUGACCCUUUCAAUGUGGUGGCUGCAUCCUUGGUGAGCCAGCUGUCUGACCAGCAGAAGAUAAGGAAGUCACCUCUUAGCCAGUUCAGAGGGGUGUAUUUACCUCCUGCGCGGCACCCUUUAAACAAGACGUUAGUCAAGGGCGACAAGUGGAAGGAUGUGGAUAGCACCCAGGAAAAGCGCAGGUCCUUCCUGCAUGACUUCUGUAAGAAAUACAACAGCAGAAAGCAGCUGCGAACCCACCUCGUGCACCUGGUGUCGAGAAUUUACGUGGAGGACAGGCACAAGGUCCUGUACUGCGAAGUGCCAAAAGCAGGCUGCUCCAAUUGGAAGAGGGUCCUCAUGGUGCUCAAUGGACUCGCCGCUUCGGCACUCAACAUUUCCCAUGAUGAUGUGCACUAUGGAAAGCAUCUAAGGAAGCUGGACAGUUAUGACCUAAAAGGGAUAUACACACGUUUGAACACAUACACCAAGACUAUAUUUGUGCGUGAUCCUAUGGAAAGACUGGUAUCUGCCUUCAGGGAUAAGUUUGAACAUCCAAACAGUUAUUACCAUCCAGUAUUUGGGAAGGCAAUAAUUAAGAAGUAUAGACAUAAUGCAAGUGAAGAAGCAUUGAAAACAGGAUCAGGGGUUAAAUUCAAGGAGUUUAUCCAGUAUUUGUUAGAUUCCCAUCGCCCAGUAGGAAUGGACAUUCAUUGGGAGCAAGUCAGUAAGCUCUGCUAUCCCUGCCUCAUCAACUAUGAUUUUAUAGGAAAGUUUGAAAGCCUGGAAGAAGAUGCCAAUUACUUUUUGCAGCUGGUAGGUGCUCCAGCUGAGCUGAAGUUUCCUAAAUUCAAAGACAGACAUUCCUCUGAUGAGAGAACAAGCGCAGAAGUAGUGAGGCAAUACUUAAAGGAAUUGUCUAAGGAGGAGAGACAGCUGACCUACAACUUCUAUUACUUGGAUUACUUAAUGUUCAAUUAUACAUCACCGAUUGUAUAGCACCAGAAUAGCUUCAGGGUUCUAUUAGAUAUUUAUCAUUUUGGGAUUCAAAACAACUACUUUGAUAUUAGCCCUGAAAGGAAACAAAGUUACUGCUAAGUGGAGUUGUCUUGACUUAGUGGGGGUUUUAUAAGUUGGAGUGACAUCAAUUGACAUUAAAUUAUAGGAGAAUGCACCAAAAAAAAAGACCUGUAAACAGCAGAAAUUGCACUAAAAUGCCUGAAAAAGAUGCUUUUACCAUUAUGGAUUACACUGUGGAAGUGGUAGCGCAGCCAGCUGUUGCGUUAACUUACCUAAUGUCCUUUUAAUGGUUUAGGAAAAAAAGCAUUGAAAGAAGCAUGAUUCUUUUGUGGUGUAUCUGCUUUAGAAAUUGGUUUUGAAACUAUUUUUGAAUGUAUUUUUUACUUUUUGUCACUUAUUAAUAAAGAAGCAUUGGCUAAUUUUCUAAAAUGUUUGCAGCGUUCUCAGUUGCAGGGCUUGGUUGUUUCAUUACCACUAGACUGUAGCUGUUUCUACACUGGAUUGGUUUUUAUUGAAGGAUACUCUUGAAUACAAAUGUAUAAAACUACAAAUAACACAGCAGUGCAACUGCAGAGCAGAGAAAAUUUGGGUAAGCCUGUGAUCUGAAGUGACAAUCCACUAUCCUGUUUUGAUAGAUACAUUAGAGUUGACAAACGUGACCCUCCUUUCAUUGCCACAUACGUUAAAACUAAUAUUUUAAUUUACAGUGGAGUCAACCCCACAAUGCAUACUGUGGUCCAAAUAUUCAAGAGAGUCUUCGUCUUUAGCAGCAGGGCAAAGUCUUAGGUUGAUAGCCAUGAGACAUUGUAAGGUCUGUACUGAGAAUCAACUUCAUUGCAACUGUUGUGACCACUCUUGGUCUGCAAGUGUCCAGUCAUCAGUCCAGCUCCGGGCAAUUUGUUGCACGGAUGUGUAUACAACUUGCCUCCAAAACCCAUGGACUGGUUUUGUCCCCAGAACUCCCUGAAGUCACCUGUGUUUUGCUGUUCUUCUUGCCUUGUCAGCAGCCAGCAAACCCCAGGGAUGGGGUGGACGCUGCAAUGUUAUGUGGUGGGAUGGGUACUGGUGAUUUGUCCUAGAGGUGGUUGUAUUCAGACUCCCACAGUCCUGGUUUUUAUAACCUCCUCCUCUUCCCUCUCCUCCUUCAAGUGCUGUCUGACCAAUGAUGAGUCCUGCAACCCAGAGUUGCACAUGGCAUUGUACGAUGGGUGCCAGGGUGUCCCAGGAAGAGGAGAAAUCCCUGCAGAAUGGAUAGGGAGAAACACCUACACCCUUCCAAAAUAAAAAUGGCACUUGUUCUUUGCUUCCUGGGGUGGUUUAGGGCAUAUUUCUCCAGUGUAAUUGUUUUUUUCAAGUGAGACUAUGGAUUAGGACUUUAAAUAGCGGCUCCUGACAAGAGUUUGGAUUUUGUGCCAUCCAACUUCCAAACUCAUGUGAAAACUGUAUUAGUUUUCACUUAAAUUUGAUCUUGGUGUAAAAAGUGUCUUUUCUGUUGACACAGCAGAGCUCUCUAGAUCCUCUGCUCUUGUAAGUAUGGAUUCCCAGCUCAAAUCCUGAAUGAAUCUCUCUUGCCUUGUAGGCAGGCCAUUGAAGUUGUUAAAUAAAAAAUAAGUGUACACCAGCUUUUGAUGUCUACAUAUUUUCUUUGUCUUGUCUAUG